AUGCAGAUCGGCAUCUACACCAUCCUCGUGGCCUGCCUCGCCGGCACCGGCUUCACCGCCCCUCUUGACGCCCGUCAGCUCGGAGGUGUCACUGACGCGGUGGGCGACGCUGCCGGCAUGGCGACCGACAUGGCCGGUGGUGCUGUCGACGGACUCACAGGCUCUCUGGGUGGUGACGUCGCUGGCGCUGCUUCCGAUGCUGCUCAAGGCGCAAUGGACGGUGUUGAGAGUGCCGCCGGAAUGGGUGGUGACGCCGCCAGCGGCGCUCUCACGGGGGCCACGGACGCUGUUGGCUCUCUCACCUCAGGCCUUGGCGGUCUGGGAGGCGCCGGAGAUGCUCUGUCCGGACUCACAGGCUCUCUGGGAGGCGCCGGAGGUGCUGCGUCAGGCCUUACCGACUCAAUCGGAGGUUUGACAAAGGGUGUCAGCGGCUCCGGCAGCUCCGACCUUAUCGGGGGCUUGCUUGGAAAUCUGCUUGGCCAGAAGAUGGCUGAACAACAAGAGAAGCGUCAGCUAGGCGCCGUAUCGGGACUCGCUGGUGGUCUUCCCACGGAUGCCCUUUCCGGAGUACCCCUCCUCGGCCCUCUGCUCAGCGGUAUUCUUGGUCAGAAGAUAGCUGAGAUGGAGCAAAUGAAGAACGAGAAGCGACAACUCGGCGCUGUGUCGGGCCUUGCUGGUGGCCUCACGGGUGGCCUCGGCAGCCCUACAGAUGAUGUCUCUGGCCUCACAGGUGGCCUCACGGGUGGAAGCGGCAGCCCCACGAGUGCCCUCUCGGGACUGCUUGGAGGCAGCGGCGGCUCCGGAGAUCUCCUCGGCGGCUUGCUUGGUGGUCUGCUCGGCCAGAAGAUGGCUGAGAUGGAGCAAAUGAAGAACGAGAAGCGACAACUCGGCGCUGUGUCGGGCCUUGCUGGUGGCCUCACGGGUGGCCUCGGCAGCCCUACAGAUGCUGUCUCUGGCCUCACAGGUGGCCUCACGGGUGGCCUCACUGGUGGCGGCAAGAAGGACGGCCUCCUUGGUCUGGGCGUCCUUGGUAUCCUUCGCAGAGCCAUCGAGGACGAGCAGAUGCAGAACUAG